CACAUGAAGAGAUGAUUGCCAUAUGCUGGCUUACUUUAGUUAUUUGUUUUUAUUAUUGUGCUGCUGUUCUAAUUACUCAGUGGCCUAAACAUGUACUUGUUAAACCUGGAGCAACACAGGAAUUUGGCUGUUAUCAAAAUGAAACAGAUUACGACUACUGGUACUGGUACAGACAAAGACAAGAAAAUGAAUUGGAGCUGAUGGUUUAUCACUAUGCUGAAGCUAAGUAUGAAAAAGAUUUCAAAGACAAGCUUUUUCUGAGAAAAGAGACCAAAAAGAGCACACUUGAAUUCAAGAAUUUGGAUACCAGCGACAGUGGAAUCUACUUCUGUGCAGCAAGUUUACACAGCAAUCACAUCGCUGUAGUAUUUUCUACUCUAAAGCCCGAUUGUCGCUGGAAUACAAACUCAGUUUUCCUCCAACUGCAAAAUGACGUGAAUGCUCAACCUGCUUAUUUUGGAGAUGGAACGAAACUAACUGUUUUAGAACGAAGUAUUGCUGAGCCUCAUGUUAAAAUACUUGAGCCAGUGCCAUACAAAUCUAAUGAGUUUGUGACUCUGGUGUGCCUGGCCUCUGACUUCUACCCUGACCAUAUUGAACUGACAUGGGAAAUCAAUAAGAAGAAAACAACUGAUAAUGCAAAGUCUGAUUAUAAAGCAGUCCAAUCAAAGGAUCAAACAUACAGAAUAAGCAGCAGACUGAGGGUGUCAAAAAAGGUUUGGUGCAAUGCAGAUAAUGUGUUCACCUGUGUGGCCAAGUUUUACAAUGAGACUGAUAACGCCAUAUACAUAACAGAUCAUGUCAGUGGAAAAGGCCAAUUAAACAAAAAUUUGAAGAGCACGAAGUUUGCAUAUAUUCUACUUUUGUGUAAAAGUUGUUUCUAUGCGCUGAUAAUCCUUUUCCUCAUUUGGAAAUUAAAGCAUUCUUCAAGAAAACAAUCAUAAAAAGGAACAAUCUACUGAAAAAGUGAAGAAUAUUAUGAUAAUUUCUUAAUGUUACCUAUGAUAAAGCCUUUUUUUGAAAAAACAAACAAAUGAGCUUAAUGGACGGAUUGGUCACCUCUUGUUUGUCAAAUUUAUUAUUUUCUUAUGUUCUAAUGAUAAAACUUCAAUGUAAUCAACAGAAAACUCAGCUUGUUUGAUAUAUAUUACAAAAUAAAAUAUAUACGUGUUUCUA